UUGUUGUACGCAAACGUAUUUGUCUCUUUCGCACCGUGUCAAAGAGAGAUUGUUUUUGCAAAAUGAAGAUGGCCGACGGAAUGGUGCUUCGUAGAAAUAGGCCAGGAACUAAAGCCAAAGAAUUCUGCAGCUGGCCUGAUGAAUCCUUCGAAGAAAUGGACACCCUGGCGGUGCAACAAUAUAUCCAGCAGAUGAUUAAGAAUGACCCAUCGGACAUUGAUGUUAUCCUCAAAAUGCCCGAGGCUCAGGAUGAGGGCGUGUGGAAGUACGAGCAUUUGCGGCAAUUCUGCAUGGAACUCAAUGGGCUGGCAGUUCGACUGCAGACGCAAUGCUUUCCGGACACUUGCAACCAGAUGAUUGCCACGGAACAGUGGAUCUUCCUCUGUGCUGCCCACAAGACACCCAAAGAGUGCCCGGCAAUAGAUUAUACGCGCCACACUCUCGAUGGAGCUGCUUGUCUGCUCAACAGCAACAAAUACUUUCCUAGCAGAGUGUCCAUAAAGGAGUCAUCCGUGGCUAAAUUAGGCUCAGUCUGCCGUAGGGUCUAUCGCAUUUUUUCUCACGCUUACUUUCACCACCGACGGAUAUUCGAUGACUUCGAAAUUGAGACAUAUUUAUGUCAUCGUUUCACGCUAUUUGUCACCAAAUACAACCUCAUGUCCAAGGAAAAUCUCAUUGUUCCCAUUGCAGAGGCCAACAUUACACCAGGCGAGAGUGAAGCAUAAAUUCUAAACAUAAAAAAAAUAUUUCCACCACUCCUCCCCUCUUCCUCCCUAAAUGAUUUAAUUUUUCUUCAAUCUGGAACUUUGCGCAGAAAAUCGUAACUUUCCCACCACUCAGCCCUGUAAUAAAAUGGACCUUUUUGUUCUUUCGACAUGAUUCCUCUCUAAAGCUAAUUGUAUACCUUACACAACAAAAAAAUCCAUCGUGUUUUCUAAAUUUUAGGAUUAUUUUUUAAUAUAAUAUUUUCUGUCUUAUUAAAAUAGAAAAGAGUGUAAAACAACUCAUCGUUAUGCCACACAUCUCGCGUAUGUACCCAUCAAAGUGUAUUAAAUGGUGUCUAAAUAGGUGAUGAUGAAGCUAUCUAAAAUACACAAUUUUUGCAAAUGUUUUUCAGUGUGACAAAAAUUCAUCACAAAAGACUUUUUUUAAUUAAAAAAUAAAUUUCCUUUGAUUCCCCUUUCCCCCCAAAAAAAAAGAAAAUAACAAAAUAUUUAUAUAAAAUUAAAUUAAGGAUAAAUAACUCAAAAUAUCAAGAAAUUUUUUGUAUCUUUAGAAGGAAAAAAAAUGUGUAAUUUAUCGCGAAACUUUAACUUCAUUUUGAGUUUCUUUGUGAAAAUCACGCAGAAAGCAAAACCCGAGAUACUUUCUCAUUUAGCGUAUUCGUCGUAAACAUUUAUCACACACAGAGACACAGAAAAAAAACCUAUGAGAUACUAAAAAAAAAUUUAACCAAUUAGGCAAAUAAAAAAUUUACUCAAAAAAAAAUGUUUGCAUGGAGCUUGAAAGGGUGAAAACAAAAUGCAGAUUAAAUUCCAAAGGAGGAAAAGAAGCAUUUUCCUCUUAAACGUGAUUUAAUUGAAAAUAAAAAAAGGAUAUUCGUUGUAUUAAAAUGAUUAUUAAUAAUUAAAAAAAAUAUUGUAAAAUGCAUUUUAUUGUCUAUAAUUCCAAAUUGGAAUUACUGCGCUGGAUUUUUCGAAUGCUUUGGGGGUUUAAGCCUUUAACAGACUUGAGAUUUAAGGAUCUUUAACUGUUUUAGGAUUUAAUUAACUAAGCUUUUUUUUUUAAUUUUGAAAAGCAAUUUUAGAAUUUUUCUGAUCAAUAUUAUCAAAGUUUCAAAGAAUUUUAUUUAUUUUUUAAUAAAUUUGUCGUAAAUCAGUUAUUUUUUUAACCUGAUUUUUUUUUCAAAUGAAUAAGUUUAUUGAAUAUUCUUUUAUUUAAGGACCUAAACGACUUACGUCUCUAGUCCAUGAAGGAUUACUGUUCAAAAAUCAUCAGUUUAAAAAAUUUAAAAGCUUUAACACUUUAAGGCUUCAAACGAAUACAGAUAAUAUUAAAAGCAAAAGCCUUUAUCAGGUCCAUCAAGCUGCGUCCAAAGAUUUAUUUAAAAUUUAGCGAAAAGAGUGCUAUUAUUUUAAGAUUUUAUUGCAGUAAUUAAAAUUUUUGAAAGUUUUAAAAAUUUGAAAAGAACUUUAUUUUAUAUUUUUUUUAGUCAUAAAAAAAUAUUUCAAUUUUACUACAAAAUAAACUUUUGAAGAAAAAUUUGAAAAAACGCCUAGAAAAAUACUAAAUAACAAAAAUAAAGUCAUAAAAUUUCCUUAUAAUUUAUAUUCUUUCAUAAAAUUGUGUCUUUUUGUUAAUUUUUUUUAAUUAGGCAAUUUUCAUCGCGGGGUACAGCUCGAUGGACCUAAAAAUCUCCCUGAUGUUUCGUCUCGAAUUUCUAAAGAAUAAUUUAAAAUCUUUCCCUAAAAUCUCCUUAAAGUAAUCUCACAAAUAUCCUGCGAAUAAUAUUUUUGAAAAAAACAAUUAAUUAAUUUCCAAGAAACCCCCACUUCCGUUAAACCUGGCGCAGUAAAUCCUGAUUUAAAUUUUUGUGUUGCAGAUAUAAAAAAACUGACAAAUAAAUCAAUGGAAAAAUACAUAUUUGACCACAAUAAAAAAGGACUAUAGCGCCCUAUAUACAUAAUAUUUAACCAUUCUAAGGGAAAUGCAAGGAAAAGAUAAAAACAAAUGAAAAUGUAUUGUAGAGAAGAGACUUGUUACGUUGUAGAUAAAUGAUGUGACUUCAUUUGGGAAGGAUACAUCGUGUAUCCUUUAGCUGCGGGAAUAUUUGAAGCCAAUAAAAAGUAUCAUGAAUGAAA